AUGAAUUUGAGUGCAUGGAUUGAUUUGCAAGGUUUAUUUGUUGAAUUACCAAUAAUGAUUUCAUUUAUACCUGAAGGCUGGGCAAUACCAUCAGUGAUUGGUUUGUGUCUUUGUGCCGCUAAUAUCAUGCCUGCUGUAGUCGCAAUUUUACGAUGGUAUCAAGGAAAACGUUUUUCUGAAAUUCCUUAUAUUUAUAUUAUUAUAAUUAUUGGUAUUGUUUCAUGUUGUGUCUUGGCUUUCUCCUGGCAAAAAACUACAUAUUUAUUUGGUCGUGAACGAAGUUUAUGGUUGAUUGGAUCUGCUUUCACUCUAUGCAUGCUUGAUAGUACAUCAUCACUUGUCUUCUUUGAUUAUAUGAAACGAUUUCGUAUUCGAUAUUUAACAGCAGUAUUUUUAGGCGAAGGACUUACAGGUGUAAUCCCUACAUUAUUGUUAUUAGCACAAGGCAGUGGUGGUGAAGCAAUUUGUGUUAAAAGUAAUAAUGGUACUACAUUGGAACCUAUUUUUACUCAGCCACGUUUUAGUGUUACUAUUUAUAUGCUUCUUAUUGCAAGUAUUAUUAUUGCAUCACUUAUUGCAUUUGUUCUAUUGCGAUGGACAAAUAUAGUCUCAUUAGCUGAUGCUACAGAGCCGACAAAACUCAAUGAUAGUACAACAAAAACAACAUCAGAUGCUGGUGAAAAUUCUCCUAUGGUUCCUGUAGUCGAACUAUUUAAUCCAUCAAAACCUGUCAAACACAUAGCUACAAGCUCAUUUAUUUGUCUUCUAUGUAUUAAUACUUAUAACUCAUUCGUAUUAUACGGCAUUUUACCUUCCCUAUCUACGUACAGUCUAUUGCCUUAUGGACAAAGAGUAUUUUACUAUUUUUGUUUACUCAAUCCUCUGUCAUAUUCUCUUGCAUUAUUAGUCAGUGUAAAAUGGGCAACUUUAUCAGUUUUUAUAACUAUUAUAGGAACAAUAAUUGGAUCUAUUUUAGCUGUUUUUAUUAUAAUUAUUGCUACACAAAGUCCAUGUCCAUGGUGGGCAGAUACAUUACAUGGAGCUUUGAUUAUGUUAGUUAUUUGGUUUUUAAUGACUGUAAUCAUUGCUUAUCUACGAAUAACAACAGGCAAUUUUAUUAAAGGUGAAUGGUCUGAAGAAAAGGUAUUUAAAAUGUUUCAAAGAAAUCAUAGAUCUGCAUUUGGAAUUGGCCAUACAAGAACAAGAUCAGGUUAUCAAACAAACAUUGGUGGCCAUCCUCAGUGGGAAAUAGUAAGUGGUAAAGUCGUCUCAUCUAGAAAUUCUGCUGAUGUAUUUCAUGGAAAUGAAAUAUUAGAAGUUUCAGUCGUCAAUGCUUCAUUAAUGGAUGCACCAAGUAUUUUAUUAGGACGACAGAAAAUACGAUUACAGGCUGGUCAACGAUUUCCAAUUCGAUUUCAAUUCUAUUAUGAUAAGUCACGAGCUGGACCAGGUUAUGGUGGUCGUACAAUGCAAGUACGAAUUACGAAUUAUAACGGUCACUUAUUGUAUAUUAAUGAUAUGCAAACACCAUUAAAACAUAAUGUUAAAAUCGAUGUUAAACGAGUAUGA